AAUCCUAUUGGGUGCUAAACAAUAAGGAACUAUUUUCAAAAUCAGACAUGCAGCUGUCAGCAACUCCGGAUAUGCUUGGAUGCGGGGGCCUCGGGAGUGCCUUUUAUUGGCGGAGGAUGGGAAAUGGUAGCAGUCGACGCUGGCCCAUAAAGAGCAAGAUGCCACCUGGGACUCCUGCCAGACCAACGGCCCCUGUUCCAGAAAACAAAUCAAAGGUGGACACUAUGGAGGAGACAAGUGUUCAAGCCACUAAACCGCUGUCUUCAUCACUAAGUAUUGGAGCUCUGUUUUCUGUAUUUGGACGUGUUAUGCGAAAAUGCAGAAAGACAAUUAAUCAAAUCUGUUCUGGUCUCCUGAACGUUGUAUUUUUCUGGAGAGGCUAUUCAGAAAGAGUGGAGUACCUUCACCAAAAAGUAGAGGAGCUGCAAAGAGAAAUAGCACUAUUGCAUUCCACUUUGAAGGAAGCCAAGACUGUAGGCCGUCAAUGUGAAAUGCCUGAUGGUGUUCAGCACUCUCCACCUCCGCCGCCACCACCUCCUCCUCUUCCUCCUCCUCAAAUUCUGUUGACACUUGCUGCUCCGAAGAUGGCCUCACUUCCCCCAAGACCUGCACAAACUAGCUCUCUGAAGGAGAAGCAAAAUGGCCUCGCUGCUGUGACUCUUCGAGAUCUUCAAGCAGUACGACUAAAGAAAGUGACUGUAGGCCAAAAAAAGCAGGUGUCUCCACAGAGAAGAAGAUCACCAGUGGUCACACUCGCAGACUUGCAGAAAGUCUGUUUACGACGCUCUAAUUCUGACCUCCCCUUGAAGUCUAGAUCAGGCCUUUGCAGGACUGUCUCUAGGACACCAACCAAAAAUCCCAUGAAUCUUCGGGUACAGCUUCGAAAAGUCAACUUAAUGAGGAGUCCUGGUGGCACACCGCUAGGUAACAAAGAGAAGGAUGUGAUGGAUUCAAGCCUGGAUCCAAGCAUGACCAAAGGUUUAGGAAACCAGUACCUGAGUACUUUAACAAAAGGACUAUCACCAUUCAAGGCUGUCUAAACAAAGAAAUUGGCUGUUUUAUUUUUAUUGCAUGGCCAGUCUUGUGUUCUUGUUGGCUUGUUUUUACAUGUGUACUGUGACUGUGCUAAUAGCUUUGGUUCUCAUACUGUCAUGUUACUACGGUAACUAUUUUAGUGGCAGGUCAGUAUUUGAAGUUACUCGCUGCUAUGUUAUUUUAUAUACUUGUUGCAUGUGAAAUGUGCUACCUGCUGCUUUUAUAUCAGAACCCCCCUUUUCAAAACAUGCUCACAAGCUUAAUAACAAUUGCACACUGUAGGCAAAUUAAAUGCACGUCAUCUUGAGCAUGUUUUCAUAUAUGGUUAAUUGUAUAAUUAGUAGAACUACAUAAUUGAACAUGUGGUUCAGCGUCACUGUUACUGAAAAUGACUGUGGAAUGUGCAAACUAACUUGGCUUAUAAAAUAUAGUACUGUAUUGAAGUCUGUACGGUGUGAGACAAGUCAGUUAUUGAUCUAUAAAU